AGUCUCAGUAGUCAUACCAUUUCCAAUUCAACCCCACAUGUGCAAGGUGCACAUGUACUUAACGAUACAAUAUCUUAUAUCUAAUCUAUUACCGAAGAGUAAUCCAGGAGAUCAUUAAACUAGAAAAGAUGGAUGAUAUAGACUCCAUGUUCACUGACCUGCUGGGAGAGAUGGACCUCCUAACACAGAGUCUUGGGUAUGAAAUGGAGCCCUCAGAAAUGUCAUCCAGCUCACAGAGAGAAAACAACUUCUCUAUUGGGUUGACAGAUUUGAACGAAUCUCUAAAUGAGCUAGAGGAUCAUGACCUGGACGCUCUGAUGGCUGAUCUGGGGUCAGAUUUGUCAGAGACAGGGGAGAAACUGAACGCAACCGAGACGGGACAUGUCCACACACAGCAGCACAAGUCUGGCUAUUCCACCCAACAACAAAAUGUCCGUGCACCUAUCUCCUUGUCCCAAAUGUCAUCGCUGGCGUCCUCCUCAUCCUCUCUACCUCCUGAACCCCCCAAACCACUUCCACCGGGAGAGGCCGAAGCACAAGCCAAAACUGACAAAAUCAAGCUGGCUCUGGAGAAGCUAAAAGAAGCCAAGGUUAAGAAGAUGGUAGUGAAGGUGAUGAUGAGUGAUGGCAGCUCCAAGACACUGAUGGUGGACGAGAGACAGACGGUCAGGGACGUGCUGGAUAAUCUGUUUGAGAAGACCCACUGUGACUUCGGCAUGGACUGGAGCCUGUGUGAAACCAACCCCGAGCUGCAGACUGAAAGGGGGUUUGAAGACCAUGAGUAUCUAGUGGAGCCUCUUUUUGCAUGGACACGAGACAGUAAAAACCAAAUAAUUUUCCUUCUGAGACCCAACAAAUAUCUCUUCUUCAAGGACCCCCAGAUAUUCUACCUAUGGAAGAAAGACCAAAAAUCUAUUAAUGAGAUAAAAGAAAGGCAUAAGGAACUUCUGCUAAAGGAAAAUUUUGAUGGGCCUUCUCUCAUCGUCCCAGACCUGGAGGGGCUGCUGUAUCUGAGAGAGGACGGGAAGAAAUCGUGGAAACGUCGCUACUUCCUGCUCAGGGCAUCUGGGAUAUAUUAUGUGCCUAAAGGAAAGACAAAGACAUCCAGGGACCUGGCGUGCUUCAUUCAGCUUGACAAAGUCAAUAUCUACACCACCACUGAUUACAAACAGAAAUACAAAGCACCAUCUGAUUUCUGCUUCAUCCUCAAGCAUCCUCAGAUCCAGAAGGAGUCCCAAUACAUCAGAUUCCUGUGUUGUGAUGAUGAGCACACUCUCUCCCUCUGGGUCAACUCCAUCAGAGUAGCCAAGUAUGGGGCCACCCUGUACAAGAACUACCAGAUGGCAGUGAGGAGAGCAUCAACCAUCAGCUCCACUCUGCACCUGACUAGUCUGCCUGCCUCCAGCCCUUCCACACCUACUGUGCACAGAGCAAAUGGACACACCCCUCAGGAGGACCUCCCUGAACCUCCCCCAGACUUUAUUCCCCCGCCCCCUCCUGGUUGGGGCUCUGGGGUCUAGGGAAGGAGCUCCACCCCCUCAAUGCACAACCAUGACUACCAUAGGACAUUCUCAACCUACCUGAUGACAGGCAGAUGGACAAUAAUAUUUUCAAUCAGAUUUAGGUCAGAACUGAGACUACUAGACUAUUUAGGAACACUCAACACCUCUUAGAAAGCCAUUCUGGUGUAUCUUUAGCAUUAGAAUUUGUGCAAUUGUUCCGCAAAAAUAUCUAACUAUCGCAGGGUUAGCUAUUCAGAAGACUAUGGCGGGUUUUCCUCUAACUUUUUACCUGUCCUUUGCUCUUUUCAUAUUUAUUUUGAUCCUAACAAACUCCCCAGCCCCUUCCAGCAACAAGCAUACCCAUAACAUGAUUCUGCCACCACAAUACUAAUCUUAUUCAAAAUGAUUCACAUCUGUAAUGGCUGCCAACAGUGCUUCCAUAAAUCAAAUCAAACUUUAUUUGUCACAUGCGCUGAAUAUAACAAGUGUAGACCUUACCGUGAAAUGCUUACAAGCCCUUAACCAACAGUGCAGUUCAAGAAGAGGCACCUUAUCCUCAAGGUCGCCUAUCCUCUUCACGUUGUACACAAACCUUUGCAUCUGCUCUGCAAGCACCGCAACAACUACGUAGUUCAGUUCUCGGACAAAACCACUGUCCUCGGACUCUUAAACAAAGGCUCUGACACCAACGGCUACAGGGCGGCGAUUGAAGGAUUCGUCAGAUGGUGUGAUGAACAUCACCGACAACUGAAUGUGAAAAAAACUGAGGAGAUGAUCCUUGACUCUAAGUCCAUUGGAGACUACAUCCCCAUGGUGGUACACGGAAAGAACAUUAAGCAGGUAAACUCAUACAAGUACCUGGGGGUCCACAUUGACAGUGGGCUUUGCUGGCGCACCCAUGUGGAGAGCGUGUGCUCACGCAUCCAAUAGCGUUUGCACUUCCUGCGUUGACUUUAGGGUCUAUGGAGGCUGGUGACACACAUUUUGAGGAGGAUGGGAGACCCACGGUAUAGGCGUGUAACUCACGGAGACGACAAAGUGUGUUUCAAAAAUCGGCAAAGACUAAUUACUUUAGCCUAAAGCAUUUAAUAAAGACAUUUAUAGUACAAUAUUAUGGGGAAUGAGAGGGCUGAGCGGGAUCACAGAAGUGAUUGAAUGAGGGUAUGAUGCAUGAGUUGAGGUGUUCAGAGGCUUGACCAGUGCAGGAUAGGAUUUGACUGGGAAGACAAAAAACAAUAACACAACACACUACAUAGUCAAUCUAACUCAUUUUUAGCCCUUUUGUCUAAGCAGGGAGUAAAAUCAUAGAUGUCUAAUAAUGUGAAUUGUGUACGUGAUUGACUCUAAUGAUUGACAGGAAUGAGAGAAAAUGUAUAGGGGUACUCCUUGGCGAGGAAACAUUCAAUGCGCCAGUGGAUGAGUGGGCACGAGACGUGGCUUCAGUUCAUGUCAGGAGAAUGUUGACAAAGGUAGAGGAGUGGAGUAGUUAUCGCCUCUUCAUCAGGGAACAGGAGGGGACUUAGCUGUAAAUACAAAUAACAGAUACAUUCCAUUACAGCUGCGCCAUCGUAGGUUUGGACAACGACUUUCUCUAUGAACUUAAACAUCUCAAAAUACAUAAAGUCAACCAGACUGCACAUUUUGCCCACAUGACACAAAGAAUCCCAAGAAACAUUCCUGAAUAAAGCCCUGAUCAUCCACAUACCUGACGAUAACGGACUACUGCAAGCAGACUGGUGCCACCAUAGGUCCCAGAACUGUGGGGCAAUUUUUACCCCCUGGGGCCUGAAGUUUUUCCUUAUAUGUUAACCUAACUAGGAAUACUCUGGACCCUAAGUUAUGACAGUUGUAAAAAGGUUUUAUAUGGGCUAAGACAGGACCAGUUUUUCACAAUCAGGUCACUUUUUUUUUUACUCCUGACUACAAAUUGCAGCUAUCUUAUAUUUGUUCAUAUAAAUUAUAUUCAGA